UUCAUUUCAUUCAUACGAUUCACUCGAAUACUAUUGACAUCUGAAGCAAUCGCUGGACAAGUGAUGGCUGAGGCAGCCGUUGAUAUGUCGACCACUAUGUCUUCGUUGAGAUAUUUCUGUCACCAAUGCUCUCAAGAAUCGGAUUCCGUUACCCCGGACUUCACGUGUCCGCUCUGUCGCUCAGGAUUUGUCGAAGAAGUCAGUCAUGAAGAGACCCAUGAGACCAAUCACGAUGAUAACAACGAUCAACAAAUGGCUGACAUUUUGGAUGAUCUCUACGAACCGUACGGCGGGCCACGACCUCGAAGUUCCACUAAUGGUUCCAACAGUACGACCAAUGGUUCGCAGCCGGAGUCCGGAAGGUCUUCGUUGCGAAGUCACAGAUAUUCCCCAAACGACGGCAAUCCUCGGCGUCCGACGACCCGUUAUUUCCAACUAAAUCUGCCCCGAAAUGCAGAGUCGGGUCCUCUGGACACGAGUCAGUCACUGGAAGGUUUAUUCCAACACAUCCUCACAAACGUGGCAUCGGGUCAGUUGGCCGGACGUGAGGGGGGCGUGAAUGUGGGCGCCCGCGGACUCAUUAAUAUAGACUUCCCAUUACCUCUGUUCCAAGUACUUCAUGGAAAUCCAGGGGACUAUGCGUGGGGUGAGGGGGGGCUCAACGAAAUCAUAAGUCAACUGUUAAAUCAAUUGGAUGGCUCAGGACCUGCACCGAUGGCUAAGGAGGACAUCGACAAAGUGCCGUUUGUGGCCAUCACUGAUGAACAGGUCCACAAGAAUCUGCAGUGCACUGUAUGUAUGGAGGACUUCAAAGUAGCCGAAAAAGUGAGACAUUUAGAGUGCAGUCACUGCUAUCAUAAUGAAUGUAUCGUUCCGUGGCUUCAAAUGCACGCUACGUGUCCGGUGUGUCGUAAGGAACUGACCACAAGUCGCACCACCGGUCGACCCGAGACGCUGUCGACCAGUACUAAUACUGACCCCCGAGUGGGCACCCAAUCAACGACCAGUGAUAGUAACGUCAACAACCAGUCAUCGAAUGGCACAUACGAGUCGACUGAUGAUUACGAUUAGGUUCAGUGAAUGUCAUAUAAAUAAUUAACAAAUUAAACAAUUUGUAAACUUUCUAGAAACUUAUUUAAAUGAAUUCAAAACUAGAAUUAAUAACUUUCCCUUCGAAAUUCAUUUCAACUUCACUUGUAUUACAAUUUUUAAUUUCUGUACAAUUAUUUCACUUUUAUUUAAAUACUGUCUUCAAUUAAAAGAUAUAAAAAUCAAUAAAAAUGUCG